GUGGAAAUGGAACAAUAAAUAGGUGGUAAAGGUUGUAGGAGACGGUGUAGUGUGCUUUUUGCCACCACCACAAUACCAUCCCCACCUACUGUAUUACCUCUCAUCCUCCGUCGACGACAAAGAUAUUACUCAACAGAGCAGACGAACACACACGAUAACUGCACCAGCAUUCCUCUAUCCAACUACGAUGAUGCAGCUACAUUUAAAGGAGAUGGUUCACCAAGACAACCUUGUUUUAGCAGGUGGAAUCGUCGGCAAUCACUCGACCAGCAGCAGCACGAUCCGCGUGAAGGCGCCUCCCAACGGCGGGCGAUGGUCCGACCACGAGCACAAACUGUUUCUUCAAGGCAUCGAACUAUACGGCAAGGACUGGCGUCGCAUUGCGCGGCUCGUGCAGACGCGCACGACAGUUCAGACACGCAGUCAUGCCCAGAAGCAUUUCGAUCGUAUGGAAAAAGAGCGACGAGAAGACCGAUUUCUGCUGGCGGAACGGGCCGCGAAAGCUGACUUCAUAGCCCGAAAGGCAUCAUCACCCUCCGUGGACACCUCAUCGGUGAUGACCAAGAAGCGCACUCAAUCUGCACCACCCAAGAAAACGACAUCAAACACCAAACCGCAGUCCUCGGAGUUGCUCAGCAACGUCACGUUCCCGUCGGCGCCGCACCCGCCACUGGCCAUGAUGAAAACCAACUUUGGUCAAACCGCACCUCGAUUUCUGGACGACCACAUGUACCGAUACCUUCACGGAAUCACCACGAAACCGGUCUUGGUCCAUGAAUUGCCGCCUGCACCGACGUUGGAGGAGUUUGGGUUGCCACCCCCCAACCCAAUGGAAUGCAGCGUGUUGGACUACAUUUCGUUUGACGACGAAGACGAAUCUACACGUCCAGACGUGGAAUAUCUGUUUGAAGCGAUGCCAGCCUCUGAUUUUUAUUCGAUUCUGGACGAGGCCAAAGGAGGACCGUCAUCAUCCACGACCAACCACCUUCAUCAGUCAGCCAACGACGAGAGUGUGAACUUUACGAGCGAAGGCACCCCCCUCACCCGGUCCAACACCCCCCACGACCACCCCGUGAUAACGUACGAGCCGUCGAUUUCGCCCGUUCGACAGCAACGGGGGCUCAGUUUCCCCCGCCCGAUUCGAAUCGACGCAACCCACAAUUCGUCUGUCAUGAACAGUAUCUACGUCGAAUAAAUACAUCACAACACGGGGCUAUUUUAUCAUCUGCA